UGUUUCUGUGCUUGUCUGUAUCCGGCGGAGGGGGAGCGGUGCUGGUUUGUUUUGGUUAUGUGACUGGUGAACGUGGGGGUUUAUUUAUGAUUACAAAUAUAUAUAUAUAUAUUUUAAAAUAUGUGUGAACCGGGUCCAGAAGUUUUCCACGAGAAGCAGCGACUGGAGUUAUGCGCGAUCCAUGCGCUCAAUAACGUGCUGCAGGAACGAAUCUUCUCCAAAGAAGCCGCCGAUGACAUCUGCAAACGUUUAUCCCCGGAGUCCCGCGUCAAUCCGCACCGCAGUUUCCUUGGCACUGGGAAUUACGAUGUGAAUGUGAUCAUGGCGGCGCUGCAGAGCCAGGGGCUGGCCGCUGUGUGGUGGGACAAGCGCAGGUCGCUGGACUCUCUCUGCUUGGAAAGGGUCUUCGGUUUCAUCCUCAACAUCCCCUCUCUGGUGUUGCUCGGCUUCCUGUCCCUCCCCAUCAAGAGACGGCACUGGAUUGCGGUGCGUCAGGUAAACGGGUCCUACUACAAUCUGGACUCCAAACUAAAGGGGCCCGCACGAAUCGGAAGUGGCACAGAGCUCAGGAAAUUUCUGGAGGAACAAAUCUCCCAGGAACCCUGCGAGAUGCUGCUUGUUGUCCAGAGGGAAGUUGAGGACGACGGAUCAUGGAUGAACCCCAACUGAGAACAGGGAUCGCGUUUGAUCCAGUCCUGGUUACACUAGGAGUGUGUUAAGUCACACCUGAGCUUGUUACCUAGACACGCUGCGUCUAAUCAAGCUGGUCAAACCUGGAAUGAGUGAAACUGCUGUGCAAUAGGAGUCUUAUUACCAUGCCUGGGGAGCAAGUAGCGUGCGGGGGAAUGCUUUUAGGUACGGAACCCUACACUAAUGCUGUUUUAUUUUUUAAGUGUGUUUGUUGCAGCGGGGGAAGAAUUGAAUGGG